UGCUGAGCUCCAGAGGCUCCCAGUGACCUCUUGGUAAUCAGCCUUGGCUGGGUCCAAAUCCCCACCCCUUGGAAAACUCACAGAGCCUGCCUGACAUCUGCCUGUGAGUCGCGUUCAGCAAAGACCUCACAGGCAGCUCCCCAAUCUCUCUUGGUAGCAAAUUGCCAAGCCAGGCCCGUUUCCUCAAAAGAUGGUAGAGGACUUAGCAGCGUCCUAUGUUGCUCUGAAAUUGGAGAAUGAAAUCCUGCAGGCUCAAGUGAAGAGGCUUAUGGAAGAAAAUGCUGCCCUCCAGGCCCAGAUACCAGAGCUCCAGAAAUCCGGAGCAGCCAAAGAGGAUGAACCACUCGGAAAGUCCUCAGAGGCCCAAGAGCCCCCAGAGUCCCCAGAGCUACUGGAACCUCCAGCAGCCAGAGCCUCACAAAAGCCCUGGGAACCCCCAGCGACCACAGAGUCCGGGGGAACUCCAGAUUUCAAGCAGCCCAGGGAACCCUCAGCCAUUAGAGAGCCCAGAGAGUCCUCAGCCACCAGAGAGUUCUUGGGACUCCCAGAGAUCAAGGAGUCCCAGAAGUCCCCAGAGACCAACGAGUCUGGGGGACCCUCAGCCAUCACAGAGUUCAGGGGAUCCCCAGAGGUCAAGGAGCCCCAUUCAUCCCCAAAGUUCAAGGAGUAUUGGGAACCCCAGGAGCCUCCAGAGGUCAAGGAGUACUGGGACCCUCCAGAGCCCCCGGACUCCACAGCAGCCUGGGGACUCCAAGAGCCUUCAAAGGCCAAGGAGGCCCACAGUCCCCCAGAGCUCCAGGAGCUCUCAGCCUGGAAGCCUCCAGCAGCCAAGGAACCCCAGGAGACCCAGAAGGCUCUGGAGUCCCCAGCCACCCAGAAGCCCCACGCAUCCCCAAGGGGUUAUGAUUUCCCAGCAGUCUGGGAGGCAGGGCCCACAGACAUCCAGGGUACCCCAGCCAUCAAGGAGCUCCAGAAUUCACAGCUCCACAACCCUACAAAUGAUGAGGAGUCUCAGAAGGUUCCAGAAUACCAGGAGACCUCGUCACAGCUGGAGCCCCUUGAGCAUCCAGCCACCCAGGAGCCUCUGGAGCCUCGGGUGCCCCAGGAGCCCGUGGACUCCUCAGAUGCCGAGGAGUUCCUAGAACUCUCAGUACCUGAAGAGUCCCUAGAGGGCCUCAUAGUUGUGGGAACAGGAACAACUUCUGCGUUUCCACAGGCCCACAGCAGAUUAGAGGCUGCAGCUUUGCCCCUAGAGUAUUUGGCCUUCAAUGGGGAUUCUCAGAAACUCGCUGAGUUUUUAAUUCAGUUGAACAGUUACCUGAGAACCAGAGGGCACCUGUAUCUCACUGAAGCAGCUCUAGUAAACUUCAUUGGCAGCUUCAUAGGUGAGGCAGGAAGGUGGUUCCAGCCCUUAGCAGAUAUCCAAAACCCCCUGCUGGAACAAUUUGGAAGGUUCAUUCGAGCGCUCCAAGAUAUUUUUGACAAUCCAGAAAGUAUGGAAGUAGCUAACCAAGGCCUCCCUCAGCUGCGCCAAGGGGAAGAAGGCCCUGUCCACAGAUCUGCAACCCGCUUCCAUCUCAUUGCUCAAGAGCUAAAUUUGGAUGAAAGCACAUUCCGCAUCCCAUUUCAAGAAGAGCUUGCCAGUUCUAUUCAAAAUGAACUGUCUUGCAGAAGUCCAGCCACCAGCCUAUCUGAUGUGAUCAUUCAGUGUGUCACCCUAGAAGAGAAGACAGAUGGUAAGGCUGAUUCCGAGUCAUCAUCCUCUGAAGAGGAAAAUGAGUCUGAGAGUCCACCAACUGAAAACCAGGCUCAUCAAGCUACAAGUAAUCGCCCCCACCUCAGUGAGGCUGAACGGGCCCGACGCCGUGAAGGCCACUUGUGCCUCUACUGUGGCCAUCCUGGUCAUUUUGCCAGAGAUUGCCCUGUCAAGCCUCAUCGUGCCCAGCAGGCGGGAAACAUGGAGGCCCGGCGGUAAGGGGGAUGCCGGGCGGGC